GUCUUGUCCAUGUUGGAGAUGAACUCAGAGAAGUCAAUGGUGUUACUGUGCUUCACAAACGACCGGAGGAAAUAAGUCAGAUUUUGGCACAGUCUCAGGGAUCAAUAACAUUAAAAAUCAUUCCAGCCAUCAAAGAAGAAGAUCGUCUAAAAGACAGCAAGGUGUUUAUGAGAGCGCUUUUCUGCUAUAAUCCCAAAGAAGACAGAGCUAUUCCUUGCCAGGAGGCUGGGCUCCCAUUUAAGAAACGGCACAUCCUGGAAGUUGUAAGCCAGGAUGAUCCCACGUGGUGGCAAGCAAAGCGUGUUGGAGAUACCAACCUCAGAGCAGGCUUGAUCCCCUCAAAACAGUUCCAAGAAAGACGAUUGACUUACAGAAGAACAGUGGGCACUUUGCAGAAUCCCAGAACUGUGAAGAAACCAUUAUAUGAUCAGACUUCUGAUAAAGAAGACUGUGACUGCGAAGGAUAUUUCAACGGACAGUACAUAGCUGGCUUACGCAGGAGCUUUAGACUGAGUCGUAAAGAGAAGGAAAAUAAUCUGAAUGAGAGAAAGCAAGCAGAGCAGGCAGAUACAGCAGAGUGCCUAACAUAUGAAGAAGUCACAAAAUAUCAGCAUCAACCUGGUGAACAGCAGAGGCUGGUGGUUUUGAUUGGUUGUUUGGGGGCCAAAUUAAGUGAGCUCAAACAGAAGGUUGUGUCAGAGAACCCACAGGAGUAUGGUGUUGCGGUUCCACAUACAACCAGGUCAAAGAAAAGUCAUGAGAAAGAGGGAGUAGAAUACAAUUUUGUCUCUAAGCAAUCCUUUGAGACCGAUGUGCAGCAAAACAAAUUUGUGGAACAUGGAGAGUACAAAGAAAAUCUUUAUGGUACAAGUCUUGAGGCAAUCCGGUCCGUGAUGGCCAAAAAGAAGGUUUGUUUGGUGGAUGUGGUACCUGAAGCAGUAAAGCACUUGAGAACUCCGGAGUUUAAGCCUUAUGUUAUCUUUGUGAAGCCUUUCAUUCCAGAAAAGAAAAAACAUGUCCUAAAAUCUCCUAUGUCAGAAGAAAUCUCAGCCCCCCUUGAUGAAGAACAGCAGGAAAUUAUUAAUUCUGCAGCAUUCAUUGAGGAGCAGUAUGGCCAUUUAAUUGACACUGUACUGGUGAAAGAAGAUCUCCAGAGUGCAUUUAAUCAGCUGAAAACUGUGUUAGAGAAACUAAACAAGGAUUCAUUUUGGGUGCCAGUCAGCUGGGUUAGGUCAUAGCUUGUUAUCAUCUAUUUAAAUGAGAGUUUGUAUAAAAAUCUUGUAAAUACAGAGUAUAGAAAAGUGAAAUAUGUCAAAUCCACUUCAAAACUGCUGGUCUAUCUAGGAUGUAAUACGUAAAGAUGGUAUAAGAAAAACUAAAAGUGGGAAGCUGACACUACCUCCCUGAAUCAAAAUCUUGAGUAGCAGCU